AUGGCCGACGAACUGGCCCCUCCGCGCAAGAGCACCGAGCUGGAGGACUCUGGCACCAAAGAUUUGGGCAAGCCCGCCGAGUCGUCCAGUGACGAGCACUUUUCCGACGCUUCUGAAGGCCGCGUUGAGAAGCCCGACCGAUCUACUGCCACGUCGCCUAUCCCCGUCACCCGCGUGGAGCGCGUGGACGAUGAGCCCAGCUAUGGCGAGGUCCCAGGUACCGAGGCCUACAACAAGCGCACCCAGGAUGCAGUUCCGGACGAGGUCGAGAUCGUGCCUGAGGGCCAGCGCAGCCGCAGUGCUUCCAGGGUCAGCAUAAGUGACCGUCCGUACACCCCGGGAGGUACUCAAAUCCCCAAGACGGUGGUCGAGAAGAUAGACCCAGACACACCCAGCCACGGUGAUGUCCCCGGCACGCUGGCCCAUGACCUUCGUGCUGCAGAUGCUGUCCCUGAUAUUGUGCUGAAAGCCCCAGAGCCUCCAGAAAAGGCACCCGAGGAAGGGACGCCAACCGCCUCCAUAAGCAGAUCUCCCAUGAGCUCCGGCAGCGAAGACGACGACAACGCGGACGACCGAGAUGCCUCUGCGGCUGAUGUCACGGAUGGUGCAUCGGAAAAUGACGACGAUGGGUUUGGCGACGAUUUCGACGACUUUGAGGAGGGCGGGGAAGGGGACGAUUUUGGGGAUUUCGAUGACGGGUUUCAGCAAGGCGAGGAAGACGCCGAGACUACAUUUGACAAAGCCCCAGAACAGCCCUCUAUUCCCGCCCCUUCUAUGGGCCCUCCUGUGCUUGAUUUCGAAGACCUCGCUACCCUUGAAGAGAUUGCCAUUGCUACCCAGCCCUACAUUGAUGAAAUCUACCCAUCCCAGAAAGAGAUACCCAGCAUCACUACGAACCAAGCUGCGCUCCGCUCAAUCUUCCUGUCGGAGCGGAGCGAGUCACUGUGGUCCCAGCUUGUGGCGCCACCUCCACUCCAGCCGCCUGACUGGGUCCGUUCGCGAAUACGGCGGCUGUUCCUGGUGUCGCUGGGUGUGCCUGUCGAUCUUGACGAGAUCUUACCAGCAUCGAAACAGAAAAAGUUGGUCCUUCCGUCGAUACACAUCCCUGGCGAGAAAUCGCCAAGACCUUCAGCAGAUAGCCGGAAUGGGGCAUUGGGUAGGGUGAAGAAGGAAAAUGCCUCAUCGACGUCGGUAGAUUCAUCAGCUUCCAAGUCUGGGAAACGGAAAGGGCCGCCGCCGCCGCCUCAACUAGACAUCAGCUCUACAACUAUGCUGUGCUCGACCACGGAUGCUGCGCUAGGGAAUUUCACAGACCAGGAGCUGCAAGCCCACGUGAAACGGCUUGAAGAACUCAAGGAGCGGGCGAACGAGGUGUUUGACUACUGGCAGAAGCGUAUGGAGAGUGCACUGGGAGACAAGGACGCUUUCGAGCAGGUUAUCGAGAGCUUGGUCGCGCACGCCAAGAAGCUGAGGUGAAGAGGAGUUGCCGACUUUUGUCCUUGUGGCACGAAUUGCCAAAACAACGGUUCAGGCCCAAGCUGGGCGCUGGCAGCCCACCGCUGGCGACGGAUGCGGACAGAACAGGCAUGCUCCCAGGUGGUGAUGACAGGGCUAGCCCGGGAAGCCACGUGUCGGCAGCCACACGUGACGGAGAAAUUCACAGGCAGGAUAAGGCCGACGCCGAGCUUAUAACGGCUUCGGCUGGCUGUGAGUUUGUUAGGUGGGGACGGCUAGGGCCAGCGAUGCCGUAGCGGCUUGGACAUGGUUGCGAGGUGGUGCGGUGGGGCAGCGUAUAGACAGCGUGCUCGCGACAGGCUCGGUUCGCCAGACCGUUUGUACUAUGUAAACCUCUGGUGAGCGCAUAGUCGGGCGGGCACGACGCUGCGCUCGAGAAACGGACUACAGUUGAAACUGAGGUGCAUG